AUGCCCCUCCGCCGCCCCCCAAUCUUUGACAUCCUAAUCAUCGGCGGCGGCCCUGCAGGCCUCAACGCGGCCCUCACCUGCGCCCGCACCCGCACCACAGCCCUAGUCCUCGACUCGCAGCAAUACCGCAACCAGGGCAUAUCCCACAUGCACACCGUCGCCUCCCGCGACCACAUGGCGCCGCAGGAUUUCCGGGACAUAGCCCGCGAGCAAAUCGAAGCCCGCUACGACACCGUCUGGUUCCACACCACCAUCAUAACAUCGGCGCGCAAAUCGCUCUUUCCCCUCCCCUCCUCCUCCUCCUCCCCCUCCCUCCACACACCGUACUCUGGUUUCGAAAUCACCGACAGCUCCGGCAUUUCGUACCGCGGCAAGAAACUCAUCUUAGCCACUGGGUCACGAGAUAUCCUCCCGGAUAUACCGGGCUACGCGGAAAACUGGCCCAGCCACAUCUACCAGUGUCUCGCGUGCGACGGGUACGAGCAGCGUGGAAGCGCCGUUGCUCUUCUGGGGUUCGAUACACCCGGUUACGCGCAUUUUUUGCAUAUGGCUAAGGCGCUGGAUCCGGAGUCAAUUACUAUUUUGACGAAUGGGCCGGUAAAGGAAGAUGGCAAGGUGAGGGAGGCGGUGGAGGUGGCGAAGGUGAUGGGGGCUACGCUGGAUGAGCGGAGGAUUGUGGAGCUGGUGAAUAAUGGCCCGAGCCAUGUAGAGGGUGUGACUAUACGGUUUGAGGGAGGUGGAGAGAGGAGGUUUGGGUUUGUGGUACAUAAGCCUGUAACUGUGAAUCGGGCGCAGGGGUUGAUUGAGGAGUUGGGGGUGGAGACGGUGGGAGAGGAGAUGGGUGGGCAUGUGAGGAUUGUGAAUGCGAUGUUUAAUGAGACGAGUGUUGCGGGCGUGUUUGCAGCGGGGGAUACGAUGGUGGCGAUGAAGCAGGUUGUGAUUGCAAUGGCUGAGGGGCUGAAGGCUGCGGCAGGGGCGGGGAUGCAGAUUCUGCAGGAAAGGACGGCGGAGGUGAUGAGGGGGAUGGGAGAGGAGAUGGAGAAGGAGAAAGUGAAUGCUGUGUCGCACUGA